GAAGACGGAUUCCGAUACUGAGACCAGUUGUUCUUCAAUCUUCAUCGAGUAAGGCUCCUCACCAUAAUUACUGGCGAGUAGUUAGUUUCAGAUAAUCAUGAUAUGAGUUUCCUUAUUACCGAAAUUGUAUGAUUUUUUAAUGGUAUUCCUUGGAAAGCUUCCAAGUAGAAGGCAUACUAGUACUCCUUAAAAAUCAUACAUUGGCAGCAGCCAUGGAAGACUUCCACGCAGAAUCAGUGAAUUGCAGGAGAGAAGCAGAGAAGGAAAUCACAGAGAAAGUAAGGGAGGUCAUCUGCUCCAUCAAAGAAGCAAGCCACGUCGACCAAGUUAUCGCAGCUCUUCACUCUAUUGCCAUUCUGCUAUUCCCUCUCGAUUCUCGCUCCUUCUUAGGUAGUAUUGAUGAGCAGUACAAAGAACAGAUACAAAGCGCUCUGGUGCCGGAUUCUGACAAGAGAAGUGAAUGGCAUCAGAUUUUCUACAAGGGUGCUGCAUUUCGCAUGCUAGCUCAUGUUUUAUUAUAUGGUGUGGCUUUGGAUUGGCUAGCAUGCUUCCCCACUUCUGCAAGGGUACACGUUUAUGAUGUGUUUUUUAUAAACGGACAUUUCACUGAGGUCAUCCAGGCACUAGUUCCUUCUUUACAAGGAAGAAAUAUUGACACUCGGGAUCUCAAUAUAGUGUGCUUGAAUGCUGAAAGGUUACUUCUUCUUUGCUUGUUUGAGAAUGAUGGACUACUCCGGAUUGUUAUAGAAUUUUCCAGUGACUCUCGAACCAAAGGAUAUACCCAUGAGUCUGUCCAGCAGAUUAUUUUCCAAGUAUCACAACUUAUUACUUCUAUUCCUGACAAAGCACGAACAAGAGCGCCCACUUCGCUCUCUUCAUCAUUAUUUUAUAAGCGUAUUACCACCCAACUACUUGAUGGAGCAGAAGAGUCAGACAGGAAUUCAGAUGAAACAUUGUCCUUUGAUAAAAACAAAACUGAUUUUUCUCUUCUAUUUAUUGGCCAAGCAUUUACUCGCAUUUGUCGGCGAGGGUUUGCAGAUGUGCUGUUAAGUGUGCUGAUUCCUAGAAUCCUCAAAAGUGUUCGUAGCCUUCUAGGGCCGAAUGCUGAUUUGACUGUUAGUGAAGCAUUUGAGUCAAAACCUGGUCUUCGUUUUUUCCUGAAGAUAAUGGAGGCAGUUCAAGAUCCACACUCAGUAGAAAGGUUGUCUGAACAACUUCUGAAUCAACUAGCAGCUCAAAAAGUGAGAGAUGAUGAAGCAUAUUGGAUUUUAUGGAUCUUGUUUCACCGUAUCUAUGAGCAAAAAACAUCAAUUAGAUCCAUGUUCCGAGAUAAAUUUUUACUUUGGAAAGUAUUCCCUAUAUGUUGUUCAAGAUGGAUUCUCCACAUUGCUGUUUUUGAAUGUGCGCCUAAUACUUCAUUGGCUACAAAACACUGUAAUGUCCGUGCUCAUUUAGACACCGUGCAGCACCUUGCCAUAGCAUGGUCUAAAAAAGAAUUUGUUCAAUCAGCUACAAUUGAGCAGCAAGCGUACAUCACUGCUGCUUUAGGCCUUUGCCUAGAGAAUAUAUCAAAGGAAGAUUUAGAUGCAACCAAAGAUGCACUGCACUCAAUUCUUCAGGGUGUUAGCUGUAGGUUGAACAGUCCUGAUCAUUUGGUCCGAAAGAUGGCUAGCAAUGUUGCUUUAGCAUUUUCUCGUAUAAUUGAUCCAAAAAAUCCGCUGUAUCUAGACGAUAGCUGCCAUGAUGAGACAAUUGACUGGGAGUAUGGUUUAGGAAACUUUGAGAAGGGUUCUUGUCUUAUGCCUAAUUGCACUGAUGAAGAUAUUAGCAGAAAAGAAGAUUCUUCAUCCAUAUCAGAAAGAAAGGAGUUUGAUAACAGAAGUCAUGAUGAUAUGUCCAACAAUAUGAUGGUUAAUUGUAAGCGACUGCAUGAAUGCAAAAUGGUUGAUCCUGAUGAGAUUGUUGAUCCCGCAUUGUUAAUUACUGAGCUGGCUCCUUAUGAAGACGAUGAUGAUAUCACAAAUGAAGAUUCUGAAUCCUCUAGUGAUUCGUCAUUGCAGCCUUAUGAUUUAGUAGAUGAUGACACAGAUUUGAAAAGAAAAUUCUCGCAGUUGGCUGAUGUGAUCGGAGCACUAAGAAAGCCUGAUGAUGCUGAGGGUGUUGAACAGGCUCUUGAUGUUGCUGAGAAACUUGUGCGAGCCUUUCCUGAUGAGCUUAAGUUUGUAGCUGGUGAUCUCACCAGAGCACUUGUACAUGUUCGUUGUUCAGAUUCUACUGUUGAUGGAGAGGAAGAAUCUGCAGAAGACAAGAGAGAGAAGGCAUUAGUUGCUUUGAUCGCUACCUGCCCGAAUGAAUCUCUAAGUGAGCUAAACAAAUUAAUAUAUUCACCGAAUCUAGAUGUAAGUCAGCGGAUAUUGAUUCUUGAAGUCAUGACAAGUGCUGCUCUAGAACUUGCAAAUUCACAAACUUCAAAACCCAAGCAAGACUCUAGAUUCCUCGUGUCAUCCAUGUCAGACCAGCCAUGGUUUGUGCCCAAGAACAUAGGUCCCCCUGGAGCUACAUCAUGGAAGGAGGUCUCAACUCCGGGAACUCCUUUGAAUUGGUCUUACUCUUAUGAGAGAGAGCUUCCCUCCAAACCAAGUCAAAUAAAAAAAGGAAGGAAGACACGUCGGUGGAACCUUCAAGCAUCAAUGAAACAAGAUACCCAGGUUGACUGUUCCUUGAAUAAGUUUCCCCAAUAUGCAGCUAUGUUUAUGCUUCCAGUGAUGCAGACAUUUGAUAAGAAAAGACACGGUGUUGAUUUGCUUGAUAGAGAUUUCUUCGUUUUGGGAAAGGUUAUCUACAUGCUCGGGGUUUGUAUGAAGUGUGCUGCUAUGCAUCCAGAAGCAUCUGUUUUGGCAUCUCCUCUAUUGGAUUUGCUGAGAUCUAGGGAGGUAUCUUUUCAUAAGGAAGCAUAUGUCCGGAGGUCUGUGCUUUUUGCAGCAUCAUGCAUAUUGAUUUCUCUUCAUCCCUCCUUUAUAAAAUCUGCCCUAGUUGAAGGCAAUGCUGACUUUUUAAAUGGGCUCGAAUGGGUCCGCACAUGGGCCCUAAGUGUAGCUGAAUCAGACACAGAUAGGGAGUGUUACACGCUGGCAAUGAGCUGCAUCCAACUCCACAGUGAAAUGGUGUUGCAAGUUUCUAGAGCGGUUGAUAGGGUAGAAGAGAGUCACACCCGUUUGCCCUCAAAUAUGUGGAGGAGUGGUGGUGCUAUUAAAUUCUACUGAUUGGUGAGUUUGAAGAAUUGUUUCCAGAGAGCCCUUUAGUUUGGAUAGAUAAACUCAUUCAUAGACAUGCUUUGUUGGGUUAGAGAUAUUACUAUAACGUAAUUAUAUUACAACCCUUUUAAUGUAUGAGGGAUAUAUGAUAACUUUCAAUUGCAAACAAUUGAUUACACCGUCCAAUUCUACAUGUGGAUAAACAAACAUAAUCAUGUAAUGUUGAUUACAUUUCAAAGUUGUUAUUACUAAGUAAUCAAAC